UCGAGAGGAGGGGGAGAUCACGUUUGACAAAAGCAAUCUUGUAUCUGACGGAACCAAUUUGGACAGUGUGAACAUAAACAACGCCAGCUCGUGUUGCGGAAGCGGAGUGGGAUCUUGGAAGCUAAACUCAAGAGCGGAUUUAAGCACCACGGCGCGACACGAGAAGCGGGGGGAGAGCAAAGAGUGGGACUUAAUUGUUGGAGGCUAGCUAGCUAGCGCUGCCUCUCCUUUUAUUAUUUUUUUUAAAGCGGCGAUUAGCGGGCACCGCCGGGCUAUAUGGCUACGAAUUACGAGCCGAUCUACGGGCUGUCAGAAGAUGAGCAUGAAACCAGAGUGUUGCGGGUUAAGGUCAUCGCGGGAAUUGAUCUGGCCAAGAAAGACAUCAUUGGAGCCAGCGACCCCUACGUCAAACUCUCCCUCUAUGUCACGGACGAAACCCGGGAGCUUGCCUUGGUUCAGACAAAAACGAUAAAAAAGACGCUCAAUCCCAAAUGGAAUGAGGAAUUCUACUUCAGAGUGUGUCCACAGAAUCACAGGCUUCUCUUUGAGGUGUUCGAUGAAAACAGAUUGCGUUCUGAUGGAGCAAGUAAUGAGGAUUCCAGUGGCCAUGCUGAUGAUGUCCCGCCACCCUGCUAUACUCCUCCCGGACCUGCGCCUACGUAUGCCGAAGCGUCUGGUCAAGCAGAUGUUCCGCGACAACCACCUCCUCCAUACUGCGGCGCAGAUUCUCCUAACUCGCAAAUGUUUGUGACCGAGCCUAACUUUCCAAAUCGAAGGGUUUUUAGCAUCGGUUCAAAUGGUCAUAAUGUCUACAGCAGAGGCCAGCCAGGUAUCGGUGUCGGUGGCAUUCGUAUUCGGAGGAACUCAACCGAUGGUGCCGACAUACGGCAUCUUAGAAUUUUACCUUAUGGUCAUUCUGGUUGGACUGUCCAGCAGCAGUCCCCUGCUUCUAAUAGUGGAACUCAGCGACUUGUGUUUCAGCUCCAGCAAAACCAGAAUCAAGAUCUGAACCAGUGCAAGCAGCAGUCGGGUUCACCCCAGGAGGAGCACACCAACGCUGAAUUUAUUAGGUCAAGCAGUGGCCGUGUUGUCCGUUACCCCAGAAUUAGACUGGAAAGAGGUUCAUCUCCACGUUUGUUAGAGAAUGCACCAGACAACGUUCUCGAUAGCCAGACAGCUGGUACAGACAGCCAACCGAUAGAAGAGUGUCUAAGAAUGGACACAAGAGCUAAUGGUUGUACUUUUAAAAUCAGUGGCGAUACCCCUCCAAGGCAGCCCCAUCUCAAGAUUUACUUCACCCCCGGUGGAGCUGGAGAUCAGGAUGUGAUACUUGGCGAUGAUUCAGCAACAAAUAAUCCCAAGACCAGAGAUGAUUUCUUGGGACAAGUGGACGUUCCUCUCAGUCAUUUGCCGACGGAGGACCCCGCUAUGGAGCGUCCCUACACAUUUAAGGACUUCCUGUUGCGGCCCAGGAGUCAUAAAUCCAGGGUAAAGGGUUACCUGCGUCUGAAGAUGGCCUACCUGCCCAAACAAGGAGGACAUGAGGAGGAAGCUGGAGAAAUGAGGGAGGAGGCAGAGGGGUGGGAUGAGUCCGUGGAUUCGGGCUCGCAACGCCCCCAGCAGCUGCUGCCGCCGUUGCCUGCAGGCUGGGAAGAGAAGGUGGACAACCUGGGGCGCACCUACUACGUCAACCACAACAACCGUUCCACGCAGUGGAAACGGCCCUCCAACAUGGAUGUGAUUUCGGAAACGGAGAGCGACAAUCGCCAGCGUCAGAUCCACCAAGAGGCACAUCGUGUUUUCCGUUCAAGACGCCACAUCAGCGAGGACCUGGAGAACGAGCACAUGGAGCCACGGGAAGUUACUGACAAUUCCUGGGAGCUGAUAACAGAGGAAGAACCUAAUGAUAACCUGGCCCAGUCCCAUCCUGGCACAUCCUCCGUGCUGACCCCACAGCCUCCGCCGACACCUGUCUCCCAGGAGUUCUCAGACGAUUUGAGCAUGAGGCUGUCUUUCACCCCCAACACCAACGGCGAAGUGCCCGGGCCUAGCUCGGUUCUGACCCAGUUGUCAAACCGACUGCGCUCUUCCAGUAUGACGGAUGGCGUUAGCGAUCAGGCGCAGCCUCCUCCUCUUGCGCAGCGUUCCCAUUCCAGAAGAACCAGAGCUCAAACAGUCUCAGGUGGUGAGGAUAUUACGUCUCCCACAGCGACCCCAUUCAACCUGACCACCCCGGGCCUGCCCCCUGGAUGGGAGGAGCGGAAGGACGCCAAGGGAAGAACUUAUUACGUCAACCAUAACACCCGCACCACUACCUGGACUAGGCCAAUUGUGCAGGUACAGCAGCUGACUGAAGAUGGAGCCAGCACCUCAGCGGCGGCGGCAUCACCGUCGGGAGCAACCGCCGCCCUGGCACCCGCACCCUCUCCCUCCUCCAAUGCCUCCUCUAAUGCCUCCAACAACCACCUCCAUGAGCCCCAAGUCCGACGACCUCGUAGUCUCAGCUCCCCCACUGUCACCCUCUCUACCCCCUUGGAGGGGGUCAACAACAUCCCGGCACGGCGUGCAGUGAAGGACACCUUCUCCAACCCUCAGUCCCCGCAGCCGUCGCCCUACAGCUCACCCAAGUCUCAGCACAAGGCCCAUCAAAGCUUCCUGCCACCAGGCUGGGAGAUGAGGAUAGCCCCUAACGGACGGCCUUUCUUCAUCGACCACAACAGCCGAACCACCACCUGGGAAGAUCCCAGGUUGAAGUAUCCGGUCCAUAUGAGGAAUAAGAACUCCAUGGAACCCGGUGAACUCGGCCCUCUUCCUCACCUACCAGUGGAGCCCGGGUGGGAAGAGCGAAUUCACACAGAUGGACGUACCUUCUACAUUGACCACAAUACGAAGAACACGCAGUGGGAGGACCCUCGCCUUCAGAGUCCUGCUAUCACGGGACCGGCUGUUCCAUAUUCCCGAGAGUUCAAACAAAAGUAUGACUACUUUCGGAAGAAACUGAAGAAACCGGCUGACAUCCCCAACCGAUUUGAGAUGAAACUUCACCGCAACAACAUCUUCGAGGAGUCGUACCGUCGGAUCAUGUCGCUCAAAAAGCCCGACGUUCUGAAAGCGCGUCUGUGGAUCGAGUUCGAGUCAGAGAAGGGCCUGGACUACGGCGGCGUGGCCCGCGAGUGGUUCUUCCUCUUGUCCAAGGAGAUGUUCAACCCCUACUACGGCCUCUUCGAAUACUCUGCCACAGACAACUACACCCUACAGAUCAACCCCAACUCUGGCCUGUGUAAUGAGGACCACCUCUCCUAUUUUAAGUUUAUCGGACGUGUGGCGGGAAUGGCCGUGUUUCACGGGAAGCUGCUGGAUGGCUUCUUCAUCCGACCGUUCUACAAGAUGAUGCUGGGUAAACAGAUCUCCCUGAAGGACAUGGAGUCUGUGGACAGUGAAUACUACAACUCCCUCAAGUGGAUCCUGGAGAACGAUCCCACGGAGCUCGACCUGCGGUUUUGUAUUGACGAGGACAACUUCGGACAGACGUACCAGGUGGACCUCAAGCCCAGCGGCUCGGACAUGGUGGUCACCAAUGAAAACAAGAAGGAAUACAUCGAUCUGGUCAUCCAGUGGAGGUUUGUCAAUCGGGUGCAGAAGCAAAUGAAUGCCUUCCUGGAGGGCUUCACCGAGUUGAUCCAAAUAGAUCUGAUCAAGAUCUUUGAUGAAAACGAGCUGGAGUUGCUCAUGUGCGGCCUGGGCGAUGUCGACGUCAACGACUGGCGGCAGCACACAGUUUACAAGAAUGGCUACUGUCCCAACCACCCGGUCAUCCAGUGGUUCUGGAAGGUUGUCCUAUUGAUGGAUGCCGAAAAGAGGAUCCGACUCCUCCAGUUCGUUACAGGAACGUCGCGGGUGCCCAUGAAUGGCUUCGCUGAGCUUUAUGGUUCAAAUGGUCCUCAGUUGUUCACUAUCGAGCAGUGGGGAACGCCGGAUAAACUGCCCAGAGCCCACACAUGUUUCAACCGCUUGGACCUUCCCACCUACGACUCCUUCGAGGACUUGCGGGAGAAGUUGCUCAUGGCUGUGGAGAAUGCGCAGGGCUUUGAAGGAGUUGACUAAACGGGAAGCCUCCGAAAGAAAAAAAAAACGGCAUCAAAACCAACCUCCCGAUUUAUCGGAAUUAACAAACGGGAAAUACAACAAAAAGCGUCCAAACUGGCUGUUGUAGCAUGCGGUUAGCCAACGCCUGACUGUUAGCCACACCCAACUGUACAGCGAGUCGACAUGCCUACUGCGUUUUUCAACGUGGGGAUACAUUAGCGGGCGUGGCCCCCCCAACAGGGAAGGGAGAGUAUUUAAUCCCCUGGCAUGAGCAUGAAAUACCAUCCCGUCACCACGACAUCCUGUGGAAGCACUACUACUAACUACUACUAACAUUUCACCACGCUAACUAGCGCUGCAGCCGAGGCCUUAACACGGCCCCCAACACCGGAUUACCUUAGCGAUCCAACUAGCCAAUUACACUUCAGGAAAUUUGCCACACUCCUUCUCCUAUGUUGCCACAGGAGCCUUUUUGUCAAUUUACGGGAUGUGAGAUAUAUAUAUAUAUAUAUAUAUAUAUAUAUAUAUAUAUAUAUAUAUAUAGAGAGAGAGAGUUGUUUUUUGUUUGCUUUUUUUAAAUCAUUGGUAUGAUUCCUUCAGGAAAUAUGACGUCUUUGUACUGAUGUUUACUAUUUUGACAAUUCUCAACGAUCACGCCAAGUGCAAAUGGAAAAAAAAAAACUCCAUAUCAUUUGUUACGUGAUGAAUAGCAAAUUUGUUAAAUAAAUAAAAUGUUUCUUCUA